AUGGUACUAUCUGCUACUACAAGAUUUGUCAAUGAUCGGCAGCAAAGAACCAACUUGUUUGCUAGAACACAGCACAAACUUCCACGCCCAAGCAACAGGCAGCCACCGGGACGAAAAGUAAUCAGUUCCAUGUGGGACCUCCCACUGAUGUUAGAUCCUCCGAUGUUACCAAUCAAAACGAAUCACAUAAUCAACCUAGAGGUAGUCAUGGGGAUGAUGGUGGAGAGUGUGGAUAUGAACUUAGAAAAAGUCCCAGGUCUUUGGACUUAA